AUGCGCCAUGAAUGGAUUUGGACGCUGUUGAUAGGGACCGUGAUUGCCAUUCCCUAUGGUGGUCAGGAAUACCAACAGGAUGCGAAGCAGCCUACAGCUUUGACUACGCCCAAGCCCAUGUCCGCAUUUGCACCAAUGAAAAGGGCAAUUGAAAUUGCCCGUGGACGUCGCUCAUUAGAUGCGCAGAAGAGAAUGUUGCCGUAUGAAUAUGAAUUCCUUUGA